AUGAAAGCCUGCCUGCUCUUCCUGGGCAUCACCACCGCCCUGGCCACAGGGAACCCAAUCGUGAAACCAUCACCCCCCGGAAGUCAAGAUGGAGCGAUCCAAACAACAACAACAACCCAGCUCGCCAGAAUCUCCGUCGCCCUGCAGCCAGAGUGCCGAGAGCUCCUCGAGCAAGCGCUUCGCCACCUCUCCGACCCUUCCAGCCCGCGGUACGGGCGUCACCUCGGCCGCGAAGAAGCCAAAGCUCUGCUCCGCCCUCGGCAAGAGUCCACGGAUGCCGUCAGGGGAUGGCUGGCCAGGGCUGGCGUCCCUGCCGGGCAUGUUUCGACUGACGGGCAGUUUCUCCACGUCCAGACGCUCGCUGACAAGGCCCAGAUGCUGUUGGGCUUGAAGUACAACUCAACCCGAGGUUCGCAGACAAUAGCAGUCUCCUCAUUGCCUGAAAGGAUAGGGAGGCACGUCAUGACCGUUCAGUAUGCUCCGGACCCCCUCGACCAAGUUUGGACAGAAGCAGACUGGGAAGAAUGCAAGACGGCCAUCACGCCUGGCUGCCUGAGAAGACUCUAUCAUGUCGACAAUUACCGAGCAAAGCAUGAGAGCAGCAAUCUGUUUGGUAUCGUGGGAUUCAGUGGGCAAGCGGCUCAGUACGACGAACUCGACAAGUUCCUCCACGACUUUGCGCCCUCCUCUGCCAACGCCAACUUCUCCAUCGAAUCAGUCAAUGGAGGACAGAGUCCCCAGGGGGUGAACGAGCCGGCGAGCGAGGCCAACGCGGAUAUCCAGUACGCCGUUGCAAUGGGCUACAAUGUCCCCGUCCGCUUUUACGCCGUCGGCGGCGAGAACCACGACAUCAUCCCAGACCUGGACCUAGUCGAUACAGAGAACCAAUCCCUCGAGCCCUUCCUCGAAUUCACCAGCCACCUCCUCGAUCUCCCCGACGAUGAGCUCCCAAAAGUCGUCUCCAUCUCGUACGGCGCCAACGAGCAGCUCUUUCCCCCGUCCUACGCCCAGCAAGUCUGCGACAUGUUCGGCCAGCUCGGCACCCGCGGCGUCUCCAUCGUUGUGGCUUCCGGCGAUCAGGGCCCCGGCGUAUCAUGCCAGUCAAACGACGGCUCGGCAACAAGACCAAAGUUCAUGCCCUCGUUCCCCGCCACGUGCCCCUACGUGACGAGCGUGGGCGCGACGCGCGGCAUCGGGCCGGAGGUGGCGGCGGACUUUUCGUCUGGGGGCUUCUCGGAUUACUUUGCGAGGCCGGCGUGGCAGGACAGGGCUGUUGGUGCGUAUCUCGGGGUGCAUGGCGAGGAGUGGAAGGGCUACUAUGACCCUCGCGGGAGGGGGUUUCCUGAUGUUGCUGCUCAGGGGGUGAAUUAUCGCUUCAGGGCUCAUCGGAACGAGAGCUUGAUCUCCGGGACAAGCCUCUCUGCGCCGGUAUUUGCGGCUCUCAUCGCUCUGCUCAACGACCAUCGAUCCAAAAACGGCAUGCCGUCCAUGGGAUUUCUGAAUCCCUGGAUCUACAGCAUCGGCAGCCAUGCUUUCACAGAUAUCACAGAAUCCAGAUCCACGGGGUGCACAGGCAAAAGCAUAGAACGUCUCGAAUCGCCCAAGAUUCCCAACGCGGGCUGGGACGCCGUGCCUGGAUGGGAUCCGGUGACGGGAUGGGGCACGCCGUUGUUUGACCGGUUGCUGGAUCUGUCUUUGGUGUAGGAGG